AUGGAAAAACAGGCCAGAAAGCAUGCGGAUGUGUCGCCAGCUGGUGGUGGCAGGAACACGCCUUCUGUGCUAGGCGGUGGCCAGAACAACUUUGUCAGAGCCAAAAAGCACCCGCUCAAGAAAAAGGAAAGGGAUAGUGAAAUGAUGAUAAGGCAGCCACGGAGCGAAAUGUUUAGCACUGAUCACGAAAUGUUCUUGCAGGCUUUUGAAAAGCCGACUCAAAUUUAUCGAUUUCUUCAGGCGAAAAACAGUCUACAGCCCAUUUUUCUGCAUCGCAAUCUGUCCUACAUGCGCCACCGCAUGUCCCGAUCUCACAAAUCCCGACAGUCUUUCAAAAUCGAUUCGAUGUUAGCGCAAAAGAUGGCUAAAUUACGCAACGAGAAAUCCAACGGUCUGACGAUCUCUAACGGCUACCUCAAGCUUUUGUUUCUUGGAUUUUUUGAUGAAAAAAAUCAAACGAAUCGGAACAGUGUUGACAAUAAUGGAAUCGUAUUGCCGCUGAAAAACUCGUUUGUCGAUGACGAAGAGAGGACAGAUUGCGACUAUAAGUGCGUGCAGGUGGAAACAAAUCUACUCAAAAUAGCGCAUACCAAACGGAAGGAUGUGUCGGCCACCCAGAUGCAGCUAACCGUUGGCAAGUCGCAGGUGCUGGUAAAUCCGAAGACCGAUCCGCUGAUAUCCGCCGACAGCAGUAUUGACGAAAAACCGGCGGUAGUGAGCAUCCCAACUGAUUCGUUCAACACGACUGGCGCGGCGAAUCAUGUUACCGGCCCGCAGGUUUCCUUCAUACUGCGCUUCCGUGUGCACUAUACGGUUCCAGGGUGCAUGUCGAAUAGUACUAACGGGUGCUAUUUGACGAAUGGAGCGGUGAAAGAAGAAGAAGAGGAACCGUCGGCCAAGCGGCAGAAGUUACACAGCCACAGCAAGCUAUACAGCACGGAACUGGCUAUUAUUGACAAUAGCGGCCAUUGCUUGUUGAAGGAGGCUGACUAUGAGCUGGCGGCGCAGGAAAUAAUAUCGCAGCAGAAAACGAUGGCCGCGAAAUAUGGAUCGCCUAUCAAGAACCGCUUCUGGGCAUCACUACCAGAAGCGUACGAUAUACUGUCGACGGAAGACUGUAAACCCGAAGUACCACCGACCAACGAGGACUUUAUAGAUCGCUACGAAAAAAUGAUCAAGCCCUUUCUUAAAGUUCGGCUACAGUGGACUAAAGAACCACCGCGGGGCUUUGAUGGCUUAUCCAUUGGACACGCAGGAUGCAACGUCGGCACGGGAGAUGCCAUGGGGAUGGGGUACAGCGACAAGGAAAACCACAAACCGAUUUCUUUGGCGAUGGAAUCAUACAAAAAGGGACUGAAUAUCAACAUUAACAACAAUAGCAUCCUGACACCAGCUGCGGCUUCUGGAAUCAUGGACUCUAUUGGAAACUCAUCCAACUCGGGUGGAGCUGGCGUAACUGAAGACGAAUCGAUGGACGUAAAGCCGAUUCGGCCCAAGUUAGAACCAUCACCAUCAGACGAAACCGUCGUGCCUACAGCUGAUGUCGGUAGCACAGAGAAAGAAGCCGAAUCGAAGCGGGUUAUUUAUUACUUCAUCUACAACAACUACUCACGCCAGCAGACGGAAAACGAUGGCGAAUAUAGAUGCCCCUGGUGCCGGUUGAGUUGCGGCGUGUUGUACUCCUUGCUGAAGCACCUGAAGCUGUGCCAUGCACGGUUCAAUUUCAACUACGUGCCCAUCCCGAAUGGUGCGCGCAUCGACAUAACGGUCAACGAGCUUUACGAUGGUUCCUAUAAUGGGUCACCGCAUGAUCUGUUAGCUCCCUCGUUAUGCUACGAGCUGCGUGGGCCACUUCGUCGUACGGUUGUCACAAAUCUGCUCGUUUGUCGACCGCGACGCCAGAAGCCAAGUCUCACGGAAUUUAUCGAUAACGAUGAGACCGAAUUCGACAGCCAAAGGCCGUACAUAACUGGUCACAGUAGAAUGUACCAUCACACCAUGACUUGCCUACCAGUGUACCCACGGGAACUGGAUGUUGAUUCCGAGGGCGAAAGCGAUCCGCUCUGGUUGCAACACAAAACGAUGCAGUUGAUCGACGAAUUUACCGACGUCAACGAAGGUGAGAAAGAACUAAUGAAGAUGUGGAAUCUACACGUCAUGAAGUACGGCUAUGUCGGUGACUGCCAGAUACCGAUCGCGCUGGAGAUGUUUGUCGAACGUCGAGGACGCGAGCUGAUCGCGCGCAACCUUUACCGCAACUUUGUGCUGCACAUGUGCUCAAUGUUCGACUUUGGGCUGGUGUCAGCGGAGGUUAUGCAGCGUAUCACACGAAAGCUAAAGAAAAUGUCGGUGAACGAUUCGGAAUUGCAACAGGCAAUGAAAGAAUCGCGAACGGAGCAAAUGAGCUACUGGAACAAUGUCACCGUGCAUAAACAGCAGACCGUGAAGGCGGAAACAAGGAACGGCUGCGGAGACAGAACGGCAGGCGCAGGCGCAAGCACGUCCACCUCUAGCGGCUCGCUGUCCUACCAUCUACACAAGGCUGGUCACGGGGGCAGCGGUGGUGCAUCAACAUCCAAUGCUGGAAAUGGACCACAGCGGAAGGUCAAACCGUCAAUGACGCCAAUGAAAAACAUGGAUCCUGCAGGCACCCAUUUGUCGCAGCUGCAGCGAAAACGUUCACUAAACUGAUUCUGACUCUAGCCUGAUUCCGGCCUCAGUUGAGAAGCGAAGCGGGAUUUUCACGUAGUGUUAGCAGUAGGUGGUACAAGUAGCGCACGAAAUGGGAAUGAAAUGGAAGAGAGA